AUGUUUUUGAGACCAAGGUGCUUCUUUCGAACGGCGAAAGUCACGCCAGUUCGGUUUGUCGCCUCCAAAGCUAUUGAAAGAGAUGUGAUUGCUAGGUACAAAGAGAAAUUGGAUCAGAAGGCUAGGGAACUAGGGGCCGCCAACGCAGAACAGUUGAAAGAGAAAUUGAAGGACGAGAUCGAGAAGAAAAAGCUUGAAAUGAAUAAGAUAGACCCCCUUAAAGAGCUCGAAGCGUUUGAGAAAGCACAGCAAAAUACUGUGCGAAAAAAGGCUGAGGAGCGAUCCCCUAUAGACCCAUCAACUCCAAAAGACCCAUAUAAGACUCUAAACUCAUACUUGGAUUUGGAGAAGAUCAAGGGUCUCAAGGCGGACGAAAUUGAGUUUCUUUGGAGACUGAGAUUCCAAAAAGGAGAAAACACCUUGAGCGCUGUUGUCCCAAGCAACACGUUCGAAAGGCUUUUUAACAAUGCCGUCAAAAAUCCCACGUUUGUCCUUCCGCUGCCCCGCGAAAAAGCCCAGGUUGAAGGCGAAGGUAAGAGUGAUCCAGUGGAAAUUCACUUUGUUCAGUGGAGUUUUGUUGGUCCUCAUACUACGCAUGUCCUGAUCACGUCUCUUGCUGAGUACAAGUUACACAAGGAGUACGCUAGACCUCACACAACGGUGAUGUUCCACCACGAACUGAAAGAUGACAAGAGAAUUGUGAUGAUGAAUGGACAGGUUGAAAAAGACUCUUCUGUCACUUUGCAAGAAGCUCAACUACUUCUGCUAAAUGUUCAAAGAUUCUACGGUGGGCUCGCCGAGACGACUUCCGAAAGCAGCCAGAAGAGAUUGGAACUGCUGAGAAAGUUCAACUCUGGAGAUCCUACAUUCAGCAUGAAUGAAUUGAUAGAGCUAGCCCAGAGUAUGGAAAACUAA